AUGAAAUCCCUUACUGGUGAAAUAUAUGCUGAAUGGAACAAGAACCAAUACAAAUCCAGCACAUCUGGUUCAGAUAGUGAGGGUUAUGUUGUUACCAAAACACCUCAGCCCAAUCUGCAAAAAAGCUCUUUCAAUCCCAUAAAUGGCAAAACACCAAAAGCCAACAGCAGAACCCCUAAGCCAAACCCAACAGUUGAGUUGAAAAAACCCAAGCCACUGAAUCAGUUGGGUGCUGGUGAGCACAAUGUCCACCCCAAACAAAUAUGUUCACCAAAUCCAUCAAAGACAUCAGUUGGGUUGGGUAAAAGACAGAGAGUUGAUGAAAAGGAGGGUGAUGAUGAAAUUGGUGUUGCUAAUAAACAGGUCAAACUCCAAACACCCAAGCCCAUACCCAAAACAGUGGGACCUACGUCAGUUGUUAAAACACAAAAUCAAGUCAGUAGUAGCACCAUUGAUGAUAAGGUUCUGAUGGAAGCUAUGUUUAGUGGUGGUGUUAGAGACUUGAUUAAUUCCACUUUGAGGGCAAAGGUUCAGGAGUUUGACCUGGAGAAAAAAAGGCUGGUGUUGAAGAUUGAGUUGCAGGAGAAAUUGGAUACUAUGAGUGAGCAGGUGCAGAGAUUACAGGAGCAAGUUAAUACUUUGGAGGAGAUUUCUUUUCCACCUGAAUUCAUGGAGAGACUUGGGACCUUGUAA